GAUGUCAUCAAGUGGAAUCACUCUUGAUAAAUCUCGUAUUCUUCCAGGCCGAUAUCCUCCUCCUGGAACAGAUCCAGUCGCGGACGCCAUCAGGGAACGCAGAGGCGCUCGCGGGAUCACACCCCUAGACGCCAACCUCCUUCAUGUCCCACACAUCGCCAGCGGGUAUAAUGCACUUCUCGGAGCCAUACGGACGAAUGGAAAGCUUCCUGGGGAUAUCCGUGAAGCAAUGAUCCUCCGGAUCGCAGCCCUUAAUCACGCUGCAUUCGAAUGGAUACAGCACGAAACUAUAGGGAGAAAGGAAGGACUUACGACCGGCCAGCUGUAUGCGAUUAGGGACGCCGAGACACCUCUCCCGCCCCUCAGCACGAUCUUCACUCCACUUCAGGCAGCGGCUAUCGCCUUCACGGAUCACAGCACUCGGAAUGUUCGUGUUCCAUUGGACUUUGCAGAUCAAUUCAAGGCCUUGUUCGGGAAUUGGAUUUCGAGCCAAAAAAUAACGGAGGUCGACCCCGACGAUCUGUAUGCCGAAGCUGCGAUGGUGGUUGCCUCGUACAACAUGGUGUCGCGGUUCUUGUUGUCGACGGAUGUAGCAGGCCUUUCUGACACGGAUGUUCCGUGGCCAGUGGAGAGGAAGAAGAGUUUCAUCGAAAUUCCGUCCUUCCCUCCUGCGACUCUUCCAGCUCACGCCAUGAGCGCCGUUACACUGAUAACCUCUCCAUCGGCUCCAUGGAUCGUCUUCGCCAACUCCCUGCUCACCGACUGGUCGAUGUGGGCGUACGUCGUUCCCUACUUCCUCGACCGCUCGUACAACAUCCUGCUGCACUCCCAACGAGGGCACGGGCGUUCAACGCUUCCACUACCCACCAAGGGACAAGAUCGUCUAACCACCAUUCCUCUGCUGGCUUCAGACAUCACGCAUCUCCUCGAUGCGCUCAUGAUCCCAACUCCCGUGCACGCGGUGAUCGGUGUCUCCCAGGGUGGGGCAGCCGCGCUUGCCUUCGCCAAUAUGUAUGGUGACUGGACGCGGUCCAUUGUAGCGUGCGACACCUCUCCACGCACGCCUGCAGGCAACAAAGAAGCAUGGACAGAACGAAUCCGGCUUGUUCGUGCCGUCGACGGUGCUAACGCGGACGAAUACGCACAGCGCAUUGGGAUGGGCAAGCUUGCGAAGGUCACGGUCCCGCGGUGGUUCCCACCAGGAUCAACCUGCAAUGCGCCUGUAGGAGAAGAAGAGGCGCGCGCACGCUGGGUGGAGGGUAUGGUUGAGCGCACGGAUGUGGAGGGGUUCGUGCAAGGUGCACGGGCGCUUAGCAACUAUGAUGUCACACCAGGCCUGUUUGAAAGCAAGGUUGAGCGUGUUCUCUUACUUGCGGGUAAUCUGGAUGGAGGUGGGAAGGUCGGACAGGGGUUGCAGGCAUUGCAUUCCAACUGGAGUGCGGUCAAUAAAGCUGUGGUGGAGUUUGUGGGGGUAGAUAACGCUGGCCAUCUCCCUAUGAUCGACUCUCCUGAGUUGUUCUGUGAGGCUGUGGGUAGAUUCCUGGAUGGCGUAGACGCUGUUCCUAUGUA